CCGACUCGAUUCCCACCAGCUUAUCACUAAUCGCCGAACGGAUCUCCGCGAGCGACUGAAGAUCCUGCUUUGCUCCAAGGUGGUGCUUAUAAGUACGCGGGCUUCUGCUGACUCUCUUUCGUCGGGCCCCAAUAAUUGCAUUCUGGCGGAUCUCUUCCUUCCAGCUGGGAAUAUCGAAUCGGCGAAUCUCCUCUACUCCUCGAUAGCAAGCAAGUUGCUGGAACAGCCGGCGAGGUGAAACGUUCAAAACAGAUCUGAAAGCAUCCGGUCACGGUUCCCGUAUUUACAAACUGAUAAGACACGAGAAAUGAGUGUGGAGUCUAUCUUUGCAUACACAAUUCCAGAUAAUGGCCGCGUCAAGCUGAUAUUAGAAGAUCGGUUCCUGCAUCUCGAUUAUGCGCAAUCCUCUUCUGGUACAGUAGCACCACCGGCGGGGUGUAUGUCGUCUAUCAGCUGUGUUACGCCAUCGUCGCUGAGCUCGGCCCGAAAACCGUCGAUCCUGUACUUCAACAUACUGUGGGCUGAGAUCGGCUCGGCUUCGAUGCCAAACUACAGACCGACGUUGACGAUAGACUACUGUUCGACUACGGAAAAGAAGACUGCCGAGCUGCAAAAGCUUCGGUUUUUAAUUGACGAAAGUUCGGUAGAGACAUGCAGUGAUUGGAUACAGAAGCUUCUCCAGCGUGCGUACGAUGCGUCUGCGGGUGUCGUACGCUCUAAGCGACUCCUGAUCUUGAUCAAUCCGUUCAGCGGCCAGGGAAAAGCACGAAACCUGUUCAACUCGCAGGCUCUUCCGAUCCUUGAUGCGGCCCGAUGCAAACUGGAAGAAGUCGAAACAAAGUACAAGGGUCACGCUGCCGAGAUCGUCGCGAGUAUGGAAAACCUCGAGGAGCGGUACGAUGCAAUUGUUUGCUGCUCGGGUGACGGAAUUCCUCACGAGGUAUUUAAUGGCUUGAGUCGGAGGUCUGAUGUAGCAAAAGCAUUCUCUGUCCCCGUCUGCCAGUUACCGUGUGGCUCAGGCAACGCCCUGUGCAUGAAUCUCGUCGGGUGCAAAAACGUUCCAUUUGCUUCGCUAUGUGUUGUUAAAGGCGCUCCGCAGCGGAUGGACCUGUGCUCAAUCACGCAGGACGGUAAGCGACACAUGACGUUUCUCUCCCAAACACUGGGAAUGAUUGCCGACUGCGAUAUUGGCACCGAGCAUCUGAGGUGGAUGGGUGAGGCACGAUUUACAGUCGGUAUUAUCUCGCGGGUCUUCAAAAAGGCAAAGUACCCAUGUAAAAUUUCUGUACGCAUCGCGCAUGAAUCGCGCAGUCAAGUCAGACAGGCUUACCACGAGAAUAAGCUGGUACCUCAGGAAUCGCUACCAGCACCAGAAGGCCUUCCGCCUUUGAAGUUCGGAACGGUUGAGGACGAAGUUCCCGAAGACUGGAAAGAAAUAGACACAGACUCACUUGCGAUUCUGUAUGUCGGUCAAAUGCCCUGGAUGUCUUCCGACACAAUGUUCUUCCCUGCCGCGCUACCACGAGAUGGAUUCAUGGACAUGGUCAUCAUCGACGGCAACAUUCCCAUACUCGAAAGUCUCAAGAUUCUCACCAGCGUCGAAGGAGGCAAGCAUUUCGACUCUAAGCACGUGCAUUACUACAAAGUAGACGCAUACAGAGUCAUUCCGAAAGCAAAGAGCGGCUACAUUUCUAUCGACGGAGAAAAGUUCAACUUCUCUCCUUUCCAGGUCGAGGUUCACCAGGGCCUUGCGACUGUGCUGGCUCAUCACUCGUCGUUCCAGGCGCCUGAAGUAUAAUCUGUAAAUUUGAUACAUUACUAAGGCUAGGUUUUUGGUUCCUAGUGUCAUACAGUACGUUAAUUCGAUGGGUUCUCUGAGUUCAUGUGGUUUUUGUUUAUGGUGAGAAUAGUUCUCUUGCUUUCAGCGCCUGUAAUUCAGUUGAGGGUCGUUUUAGUAUCUUGAAAAGUUGAUAGAUAGAAGCACAUUGUAAUGCCAAGGGUACGCGCCAUAUUGGCAAGUACAUUUAUAAUAAGA